ACAAUAAUAGCCAGUGAUCGAUCCCUUGCCCUCCAACCCACAAUCCACACAUAAGCACACAGAAUGCAGCAACAAGAAUCCGGGGGCGAGGAGAGCUGGUUCGAGGAGCAAUGUCAUCGUGAAAUCACCGGCCAGAACGAUGAAUACGAGCGCGAGUUUGUACGUCAGAGCGAUAACAAUUUGAGCACCGUCUGGGGCGCAUUCCAGGACUCGGCCACUGCAGUGGCACAGCUCUAUCGCGAGCGCUCUUCCAACACAUUUUCUUCAGAGACUGGGGCACUGUGGCUGCCCUUUCAGACCGCAGCUGGCACUGUGACAACACUCUACAAAGAAUCAUGUGAUGGUCUCAAACGCACCAGCGACGCUGCCAUACAAUGCGGCUACCAAAGACGCACACGCGAAUUGGCCGAUUGGGCGCGCAGCAAAAAACGACGCAUGAUAAGACGUGAAGAUCUGCUGGCGUAUUUAGCCGGAAAGCCGCUGCCAACACAACCAACGAAUCCACAUGCCAAUCGUCGGUCGCCUAAGCCGGAACACCAUCAGUGCGGUGGAGUGCAUCACCAUCAGGUGAACAGUAGCAACAAUAGCGUCACUGGCCCGGCGAUAGGCUUUGCCAGCAACGGACUGAACAUGAUGCCACCCACCGCCGGCGGACAGCCAACGCAUUUGCUUAACGCCGCCGGUGCUCAGGCCCCAGUGGGCAACACUGGCGGCAUCGGAGAUGAUCUGCACACUUUUAAGGAGGCCUUAGUUUUGCGUCCACGUGGACCGGAGCUUUUUGCAUUUGUUGCCAACGAAAUCGCGCGCCAUUGCAAGCGUCCCGGCAGUCCCAUCGAUGACAAAAUGGAUAUUUGCCACUACAGCAGUAAACGUCAGCGCUUCAUGUAAUCGGCAACGAGCAUCAAUCAGCGUCACACACACACACACACACUAAUAUAAAC